GUACAUACCCAACCCAAUAGCUAUUUAACCAAACGUCAAUGACAAAAUCGUGACGACAAUUCGCUGGAGGCUCGUCGACGAGGGGCAUCACAUCGGUGGUUAUGUAAUGCCAAUAAGCAAUUGUACCAAGUCCCAGGCCAAAAAAUUGACGUUUAACGUGAGGGGAAAAUCGGCAACUGUUCAUGCUGAUACUGAGGAGGACAAUCAGUUUUUUACGAUUGCACCAGCUUUACCUAUUCUGCCUGGUGCACCCGCUCCAUUAAAAUUGACUAAGCGUACUUACAGCUCUCUGAAUUCUGCGGGUUCAACGUUCGCCUUCGAAGAUGCGGAGACCGGAGGCUGUGAUGUCGUCGCACUGCAGCAGGCGGGAGAGGGCAGAUCAGUGGUGGCCUCCCGAACGCCCCAAGAGCGCGAGAAAAAUCCGGACAGAAUCUGCCUGGAUCGUCGCGGUCUCACGACCUUUCCCGACAUAUUCGGCGAGCCCAAACUCCGCCUCAUGUCGCUCCAGCACAACCUCCUCUCCAGAAUCGAGGGGGACAACUUCAUUCAUCUAACGAAACUCGUGUUCCUAGACCUCUACGACAAUCAGAUCGAGAAGAUCUGCGAUCUCACCCCCCUGGAGAACCUGCGGGUCCUGCUGAUCGGUAAAAAUCGGAUUAAGAAAAUCGAGGGACUGAAGCCCCUCACGAAACUGGAGGUUCUAGAUCUCCAUGGAAACCAGAUCGUCCAGGUGUCCGGGCUCGAGGAGCUUUCGUCGUUAAAAGUCCUGAAUCUUGCCGGGAACAACGUGAAGACUAUCGGGUUCAACGACUUCCAUGGGCUGUCUUCCCUCAAGGAAUUGAAUCUGAAGAGGAACAAGAUAAAGAAGCUCCUGGGGUUUGGAGAAACUCCUCAGCUUCAGAAACUCUAUCUGAGCAACAACGACAUCCAGAAGAUUGAGGACAUGGGGUCGUUGGCCAAGUCCCUCCAGAUCAGAGAAGUCACGAUUGAUGGGAACCCAGUGACCUUGAGUGCCGACUGUGUUUCAUUCCUAGUUUCUUAUCUACCCAAUCUUCAAGUGCUGUCGACAAUGCAGGUGAACGAGCAGGUCCGAAGAGCAGCGAUGGCCUGGCGCACGACGAAGGAGCAAUCAAACUCAGCCUUCCUGGACCUCAGCACCCAAGUCUGCGUGAAUGUCCGCCGAGAAGAAGUGAUCACCAAUGCCAAAACUAACUGGGAGCUUCUCCGCUCGCAAACAAAGUGUUUCACCAGCAACUCCACCAAGACCAACGGCAUCAAGAACGAGAAAAUCCGCGGGCUGAACCUCCAGAACUCCAGCAAAUUCGACACCGUGAAGCUCAAGAGCCUGGAAGAGACCAAGAGCCGAGGCUUCGGCUCUCUGACUUCAAUCAACGAGAAAGUCGAAGCCAAGAAGAUUCAGUUCAAAAAGCGCAGCAACUCCUCCGACGGACUGUUCAGACUCGACAACAUCAACAAAGUCAAUGCUCUUGACUUCAAACUGCCGCCGAUUCUAGUUCCCAUUAUCAAUAAUCUCACGAAUAGCAAGAUUAGUGAGGGCUUGAGGAACCCCAAGUGUCUGAUGAUGGAUAGCAUGGACAUGACGACCGAUUCUGAGCUCGAAAGCUCAGAGAGCCACGAGAGCCUCAAGACAGGCCUCAGAAGCCAUUUAUUGAAAUGUUCCAGAGCUGCCUCCGUCGAUGGGGAGAAGCCCAAUGUCUACAGUUAUUGUAACGGUCCUCUUGGCAGCAGGAGGGAUGACGCGGGGAAGGGCAACAUGAAGAUAUUCCGGGCACAUGUGAAGGCAAACUCCACUGGGGGGUUCUACAGUCUCGUAGAGAACGGGAAGGAAAGUGGGGACUUGUUCAGCUUGAGUCAUUUGAAGACUAGUAGUUUGGACAGUAAUAAGUCGACGAUUGAGAGCAGCAGCAGCUCUACGACUAAGGCUGAUGACUUGGAGGACUCCGAGGAUGACAGGGGCAGGGUUAAGAGCGCGGGGAUCAAGAAAAUGGUGCAUUAUAAGAAUAACAGGGCGGCCACUGCCAGGGCGAAGCACAGGGCGGUCGCGGUAGCUACGCCACCACCUGUUGUCAAUACUCCUAAGGAGAAGGAACAAGGUGGUGAUUACUUAGUAGAAAUCGUUGGACGGUGCCUGAACGUCUACGGCCAGGGUGCAUUGCGCUUCAUCGACCGACCCUGGGACGUAACAAAAGCCGACGAUGUUAAUGUAGUUAAAUUCAAUUACGUGCAGUUCAACGGGAUUGCCACAGUAUUAAACAAAUUGAAGAUUCGGUUCCCGAAUGCUGAACAUUUUAUAUUUAAGGAAACUAACAUCAGUCAUCUGGGGCAGUUGAAUGCGCUCGCGGAGGUCCAAGGGUUGGCCAGCAUUCAGAUCGAGGCUGAGGGGAAUCCCAUUAUCUCUAAGGAUUGGAGAAUUUACGCGGUUUUUAGGUUGGCGCAUUGGGGACUCAAAGUUAUUAAUGGGAAAGAGAUAACAGAACGUGAUAUUGAAUUAGCGAAUGAAGAAUAUUCUGGACUGACUGACAUUGUGAUGUGGUCACUGCCAGAGUCGUUGUUGCAGCCUUUACUGCAAAGAUUACACUUGGAAAAGGCCCAGAGACAUAAUGGGGAACAAAUCACUGCCAAACAGUUUUUAUUCAGCAGUGAUCCUGCAUUGAGAAAUGUCGUGGCCAAGGAAGCACUGCAGUGGCGUCGUGGUAAUGUAACACAGGAGGAUCUCAUUGCUCGACAUAAAGGCAAAGUCCACUUAUCGAAUUUAAUAGACCAAACAAUCGAUGCAAUUCAAAAGCUUCAAAUCCUCGAACGCGAAUGGCCAAACAUCCUCAACGAAUUAAUUCGCACGACGUUAAACGAUUACUCCCAGAUGAAUUUGUAUAUGAAGCGUUGCAGUAAGAUACUCGAAGGUGAUAAAUAGAUGCAAUAAAUUUUUGUGAUUAAGUGGAGCAGCAAAACUGAACAGACCCCCAUUUUCCACAAUUCUGCCAAAAAUUAAACAGAAAGAAAAUCAAUAAAAUAAUUAUCCCUUGUAACAAAUUAAUGAAAAAUACAGUGAAUGUUCUUCUUCAGUACAAAAAUUCACUUAAUCACAAAAUGAUCAUUGAUUAUGAAUAAACUUAGGUACAAAAGGAUGAUUAAAACUCCAAGAAGUUACUGUUUUUACACUAAAUAAGUUUAUCACUGUUACUGAUAGUUCAUUUGAUAAAAAAGUGAAGUUUAACUUUGAAAAAAUGGAAGACAGAGUUGAAUAUUUAAUACAAUGCAUGAUUGGCACGCUGUAUUAGCGGUAAUGAGA